CUUGGGCACCGCAUCUGCUUGUGACAAAUAACGUUCAAAUCACGGUCGAAGCACAAGUAAUCCCGAAGAACUGGCUUUUAUUCUCGGCACACAACCCAUCCAUCAUGUCUCGCGCUGGAAUGUGGACUAAGGCAAUUGGAGGUGGUAUCCUCUUUUGCGUCGGUGGACCAGCGCUCGUUCAAUAUAUCCGCCCAUCAGACGAAGAGCUCGUCAAGCGGUAUAACCCUGAUCUACAAAAGCGCAGUGCAGAGCAGGGCGAUCGCAAGGCCCAGGAGUUUGAUGAUUAUGUCCAGAAGCUGAAGGAGUGGUCUAAAUCGGACAAGUCAAUUUGGUACGCCGCGCAAGAAGAGCAGGACCGGAAGCGUGCGCAACUCGAGGCGCAGCGUGCCCAGGCCAAGGAAGAGUCGAGGAUACAGCGCGAGGAGAUGCGCAAGGAGAUGUUGGGUGAGAAAUAAACACCCUGAAAUGUUCUACCAUGCCGUCCACCACUUGCCGAAAUACUUUACCCCUCCUUCCGAGCCCAAACUCAACAUCGAACCAUCGUCUCAGUUCUCUCCAUUCUUAUCGAGAUCUUAUGCCGUCUGCAAAUCUCCUCGGUCUCCCACUGUGUCAUCUUUUGUUGACCGAAAUUACUCGUGGCGCCUUGGAAUAGGCGCUGUGUGACUAUAAAAGCGUGUACGAUAUAUCUACCAGCGAAAAUCUCUUGGAGAGCGAGAUAUCAAUCUCCGAAGCUACUUGUGUAUUUUUAAUUGACGAGCGUCUCCAAUAUUGAAUAUGAUAUCAAAAAUACCACUCUUCACGGAAACACCGAGC